UCAUAAUUGUUUAUCAGACGUCAUGUUGCUCGUUGAAGCCAUCAACUCAAAGAUAUGGGUUUUAUUAAUUCCAAGUUUGAUGUUUUCCACUGAGAUGGUGUUUGGUCGUAGACGAUCAAGUCAUAGUUCAAGAGACUCAAUUCCAAAUUCCGAUAGCGAAGAAGAAGAAACACCACCUGAUCAGUAUUUUGAACAGAAGUUGGAUCAUUUUAAUCUAAGCAAUUCAGAAACUUGGCAACAGCGUUACUUUGCCAACUGGAGCUACUAUACGCCAACUGGUCCGGCAUUCCUCAUAAUAGAAGGCGAAAGUUGGGCAUAUUCUGACGAAGUUAUUGUUAACCCAUGGGUAUCGUUUGCAGAAACCUUCAAGGGUGUUAUUUUCCAUUUGGAGCAUCGUUUUUAUGGCAAAAGCGUGCCCAAAAAUGAUACCAGAACCGAGAAUUUGGUUUAUUUGAGCAGUCAACAAGCAUUAGCUGAUAUAGCCUAUUUCAUACAAGGAAUAACUAAGCAGUACUAUUUGUCUGAUGAUAUCAAGUGGAUUGUAUUUGGAUGUUCGUACGCUGGGAGUUUAGCUGCGUGGGUUCGCAUGAAGUAUCCCUCUCUCGUACAUGGUGCGGUUGCUUCGAGCGCCCCAAUACUGGCCAAAAAGGACUUCGGAGAAUACUAUGAAGUUGUCAAAGCGUCGUUGGACUCGUACCAUCCAAAUUGUUCCAGCAGAAUUGCCGAAGCUACUCAAGAAUUGGAUCGUUUAAUUAAGACUGAAGCAGGCCGAAAACACAUCACUAAAUUAUUCCUAUUAUGCACCGAAUUGCAAGACAAAUUAAGUGAAAUAGCGUCAUUUUUCCGUUUGUUGGCAAACAGGGUGUCCUACAUUGCCCAAUACGACAAAGGUCAUCGAAAAUCCAACAAUGAAAUACCUCCCAGGAGAUCGAUUGAGUUUCUAUGUGACAUUAUGACCUAUUCCGAUGCCUCAGCACUUAACCUAUACGCUGCUGUCCAUGUGUUAAAUUUGGUGCAAAACGAUUGGAAUUGCGCACAUCACGAUGAUAAGUUUCUCAUCGAAGAGUGGAAGAAAACAGACAUCGAUACCAUUCUAGCGGGAAGUGGUGAAAGACAAUGGUUUUACCAAACGUGUACAGAAUUUGGUUACUAUCAACGUUUUACCACGACCUCGGAUACAUUUGGAAUUCACCUACCUUCAGAACAAAACGUGGAAAUAUGCGAGAAAGUAUUUGGUCCAGAAUUCAAUGAAACACGACUGAAAAAUGGUAUUUAUCGGACAAAUACUAUUUAUGGAGGAUUGCAAGUAAACGUUGGAAACCUCAUAUUCGUUCAUGGAUCCAAAGAUCCAUGGCAUCCUCUUGGAAUAACUCGAGUUGAAAGCGAAAAUUCUCCUUACGAGGUCGUAUUUAUCAAUGGAACCGCACAUUGCAGUGAUACAAACUACUAUGAUAAAGAAAGAGACGAAGUCAAAGAGGCAAGAAAGAAAAUUAAAAAUAUAGUGCAGUCCUGGUUGCAAAAUAAAUGAACCCGAAGGCUGAAGAUAUACAAAAGAACAGUUUGCGACGUUUUGACAAUUUUGCUUGACUUUUACAAACUGAGGAAAAAUUCCGACGAACUCUUGACAUUAUGUCAGACUUUUAAAAACUUUGAAAAAUUGAAUUGCUGAAAUCAUGUCAAACUUUCAAAAAUUACAUCUUGAUGCUAAUA